AUGUCGACAGAAAAAUCACAAGCAGAUUUGGAGUUAACAAAAGUCUCUAUCCCCGAAGCAAGCACGAUGUCGACAGAAAAAUCACAAGCAGAUAUGGAGUUACCAAAAGUAAAACGUUCCGUAAAACGUCUCGCGUUUGUUGUGGGCAUCGCGGCCUUGGUAGUCGCUGCUUGUCUAAUUCUUGUCGGCUUUCUCAUUUGGAGAAACAUCAAACUAGAAGGACAAAUCAAUAUUCUUAAGAAAGAACAAUACAAGGGGCAGAUGAGCGACAUGAAAGUCGAAAUAUUAAAGAAAGUCAACAAAACUGAAAUCUCUUUGCGACGUCUUAUUGAGAAUCGCACGGUCAAUAUUCUAAACACAAUUCAACAUAUAAAAACGGCGAAUAAAUCUUCCCCGAACACUGGAGAUGACGUGCGCGAAAGCUUUAAAGACAUAAAAGAGAAUUUGGAUGUUCUUGUGGAAACCAUUGCGAAUCUAAGAGCAGUUGUUUUAAGAAUGAAUACGUCCACAGACUCGACGAUUUCUCGUCUGCGCAGGAAUUUGAAUGUGACCAAAGAAUAUCUCAUCCGUGUACGAAACGAAGUGACGCAAUUGAAUUACUCUUUACGUACAGAUAUGCUACCCUUCGUUGUCGGAGCUGUGAACGAUCUACGUCAAGAGUUAAACUGGCUGCGAAAUUCAACCAUGGCGAAUGUUAGCGAACUGUUGCGACAUUGGAAUCGAACGGACAGUGAAAUCGAGGAUAUCAUAACAUUGUUAGCGCAACAAAAUGAAAGCUUGCAUUUUAAGAUUGCGUAUCAUUCUGACGUGUUGUACGCGGAGGUAAAGGAUGUUGAAAAAAAGCAGUUGAAAUUCCACAAUGAUACAAAGAUAAAUCUAAAAGAGCUUCGUAGCGAUUUGAACCAAACGCGGCGCAGUCUUCAGGAGAAAUUGGACAACCAAAUCGCACGCGUCAACAAAACUUGGCGCAAAGAUCUUGAAGACAUCGACGCAUAUCUGCGUUUAUCCAUGAAGAAUAUAAAUGUAAAGGUGGACGGAAUCAAGAAAGAACUUGCAAAAAACAGAAACGAUUUUAUCAACAAACAGCAAAAAUUGAAAGACGAUUUCUUAAAAACAAAAGCAAGCUUCCAGGAAAACGACGCGAAACACGACAAAGCAAUUUCCGGUCAAGAGACAAAAAUGGAAAGCAUUGGAAAAAGAAUUGCGAACGUGGAAGACAACCUGAAUUCAAAGACAAGCAAGAUUGAGAAAGAUGUGGGUAAUCUGCAGAAGAGUGUGAAUGAAAUAAAGAAUAAGGCGACUAGAGUGUUGCGAAGCCAUGUUCCGCUUGUGCUUGUACUCUUGCAAAUCUUAAAUCAGUUUUUCUGA